AUGAGCGAUGAAAAUUCAGUUUUGGAAAAGUUUGUAUUAGAGAACGAUUGCAACUUUGAUAUCGACAAUGUUGAUUUUAAAACGAAGGAGGAAAUAUUGCAAGAAUGCCGUAAAAAGUUUGAGAACCAUACGGUUCCUGGAUUGUAUACUUGUCUUUGUUGUUUGCGAAUAUUAACGCGCGACAAUAUCCUGCGGAAGGAAUUUACAUCCGAGUUUUUUUUGUCCCAAAUUUUCAAAUAUGCCUUCGAAUAUAAAUACAACCUUGAGUAUCCUAAAACUAGUCUAGAAGCUCUAAAAUCUCUUUCCAAUAUUGUAUUUAAAGAGCCAUGUGUCAUAGGACCACUUAAGACCAUGGGUUUCAUUAAAAAUGUGUUAGAAAGUGUGGAUAUCCUCAUUGGAACUGAAGAUAAUGAGAAGCUCCUGUUAUGUCUUAAGCUUCUUUUUCUUGUUACCGCUCUGGAUUCAGCUUCAAGACAAGAACUAAUGGAAUCCAACGCUCUGCGAAUGCUUACGAGAGUUGUGAAUAUGAAAAGAUUAAAAAUAACCGAUUUGAAUGUUUCAGCAGAAGCACUUAAAGUUGUAUAUAAUGUACUCUACUCAACUAGAGACGAAGAUAUAACUAAAGAGUUAAGUGACGACAUCCAGAAUCUGGUGGUAAUGUUGAGGUGCAUUUUACAAGAUCCAGUAUUGAAUGAAUUCACUAAUUAUGCUUUGGUCAGCCAGGUGGUCAACGUAUUGAACAUCAUUCCGAAACAUUUAUACAGAUACCUUUUAGAUGAAAAUUCUAGAGAUCAUGUCACUGAUAGCUCAAUCAAAGAUUCGGCUUCAGAAAACAAAACAAAUGAGAUGUCUUCAAUUGAAAUUUUGAUAGCCUUUCUUCACUCACAGCUUAAGUUGGAUGCUCGUAAAGAAUCCGAAACUGCUAACGAUGUACGAACCGACGAAAGAAUUUGUCCAAUUUUGAACUGUCUUACACGAGCAAGUAAAUCAAAUAGUCAGAUCAGAAAAUUUUGUCGCUUAAAGGUACUACCUUACCUGGGUAAGGAUGUUAAACGCCUACCAGAAGAUGGCGAUAAUAUAAGAAAUUACCUUUGUAAAUUGCUAACACAUCCAGUUCAAAUUGUCGGUGAAUCAGCAGCCUUAUUUAUCUUUGUACUUUGCAAGGAAAACAUUGGACGAGCAGUGAAAUACACAGGCUUUGGGAAUUUCGCUGGAUUUUUAGCGCGUCAUGCUUUACUUGGGAAACCGUCAAAGGUUAAUAGAGAAUCUAAUUGUAAUGUCGAGUCAGAUGGUGAAUAUUCUCCUACAUCGACGGAAUCAGAAACGGAAGAAUAUAGAAAGUUGAAGGAAGAUGUGAACCCUGUAACAGGUCGAUGGGAAAUCCCACAACCGAACCCAAUGGAAAACAUGUCUGAAGAACAAAAGGAAUAUCUUGCUAUGGACUUAGUACAGAAAAUCGACAAACUUGAGAGAUCUGGAUUAAUUCAACCAGGAACUAUCGGUGAAGAUGGUCGAGUGAGGCCUGUAAAACAUGUACUUGAACUCAUUCAGACAAAAGAAGAUGAUCAAAAGUCAGACGAAUCUGUAAACUAG